CCUCGUUUUCUCUUUCGUGGCUUAUAAAUCUCAGGUCAUCUCUAAUUUUGGGGAGAAAAAAACUAUCACUUCGCUUUUUUUUUAGAGAGAGAAACAAAAUAAACCAACAUUUUAGAGAGAGAAAAAUUAGGUGGAGAAAUUCAGGAGAGAGAAAACGUGUAGCAAGAUCGCUCUGGAGUCGACCUUUUCCCUUCCGCGUUGAGGGAGGUGGUUAUGCCGGUUGGCUUACAGGUUCCAGACUUUGGUUUAAGCGACUCAAUUUGUUUUCCUAAGCUAUGGAGCAUGUCAACUUCUGGUCAAAUUCCUUCCAUUUUCAGGUCCUUUCAUUCCAGAAAGUUCUUGACUGGAGGUUCUCUAUUCUUGGAUUCCUUCUUGUUUCCUUUGUCAACAGCACCUAGUGCCCAAGUUUUUCUAAAUGAUCAGAAUAGGAGGCCUAAUGCAAUUUUCUACUAAGAAAUUUGUUGGAUCUUUAGUGCUCUCCUAUGACGCAUUGUGGAGUAUUUAUCAAGUCGAGAGUUUCAGAAAGAUAUCUUGUGGGUCUUCUGCAGGCUGAUAAUCGCAGUUUGAAGAAUGCAGAUUGCUUUUGUAGUCACCACUAGAUAAGCCUAUCCAAUUAGACUCUUUGUGCCAGUAGUAUUUUGCUUUGUUCCUUCGGGUGUCUGUUAGGUGCGUAGAAGUCAUUUCCAGAUAGCUCUGAGUUCUGUGGUAGCCUUGGUAUCAUGACGUAAUUCGAGAUUCUUCUUUGAAGAACAUGUUCUUGAGUGCCCAAGCAUCUCAGCCAUCUACCUUUUUGGACUAUCUCAGAGCCGCUGGUCAUGUGUCUACUGUGAUUAGGCCCUCAACAUUAGCUGAUUGCAGGAGUUUAUGUGCUUGCGUACUGCGAUAGGAAAUUAACGGGUGGAUUCAGCUGGAUCAACCAAACAAUUUCUUUCUUAUUGUAUAGUGUUAUUUACAGACAUCUAUUGGGCGUCUUUUUCUUAUGUGUGUCGUGUUAGUGAUUCGUCAAUUUUGUUGAAUAAAAGAGCACUUUGCCAACGACUCAGUUUCGUUCUUUCCGACUCAACAAUGGAGAGGUACAAGCUAAUUAAGGAAGUUGGUGAUGGAACUUUUGGGAGUGUUUGGCGUGCUAUAAAUAAACAGACGGGAGAAGUUGUUGCUAUAAAGAAGAUGAAGAAAAAAUAUUAUUCCUGGGACGAAUGCAUAAAUUUGAGAGAAGUGAAGUCACUAAGGAAGAUGAGCCAUCCUAAUAUUGUGAAGCUGAGAGAAGUUAUUAGAGAGCAUGAUAUCCUGCAUUUCGUGUUUGAAUAUAUGGAGUGCAAUUUGUACCAACUUAUGAAAGACAGAGGAAGGCCCUUUUCAGAGAAUGAAGUCAGGAAUUGGUGCUUUCAAGUAUUUCAGGCUCUUGCCUACAUGCACCAGCGUGGGUAUUUCCAUCGUGAUCUUAAACCAGAGAAUCUUCUAGUCUCAAAAGAUGUUAUCAAAGUAGCUGAUUUUGGACUUGCAAGAGAAAUUAAUUCUGGGCCACCUUACACAGAAUAUGUCUCUACACGCUGGUAUAGGGCUCCUGAAGUUCUGCUCCAGUCCCCUACUUAUACUUCUGCUGUGGAUAUGUGGGCAAUGGGUGCGAUAAUGGCUGAACUGUUCACUCUUCGUCCUCUCUUUCCUGGACUAAGUGAAGCAGAUGAGAUUUAUAAGGUAUGCAGCGUCAUCGGAACUCCGACAGAGAACUCGUGGUCCCAUGGACUAAUGCUUGCUAGGGCCAUGAACUACCAGUUCCCACAGCUUCCUGGCGUGCACCUUUCAACUCUCAUGCCCUCAGUAAGUGAAGAUGCAAUUAGCCUUAUUAGGUCACUUUGUUCCUGGGACCCAUUCAAGAGGCCAACAGCAGCAGAAGUCCUUCAGCAUCCAUUCUUCCAGAAUUGUUACUAUGUCCCACCAUCUCUACGGACUAGAGCUACUGUCAACAGAACACCCCCGUCAUUAGGAUCCAGGGGAUAUGUUGAUCAGAAAUCUGCGAGGAAGAGUUCUGGUCCUGGCACUGUGCCCUUCUCAAAAACCACAAGUCUGAAACCCCAUGUUGCUUUUGGUGCGGGUGUACAACGCAAACUGGAAAUGGAUGGGAAGGAUUUGAACAAGAAUGACAAAUCUGUGAAAAGCUCUGUUAAACAGCCAAAAUAUCGGCCACCAGUUAGGAACAGUCCAUCCUCCAUGUACCCAGGGAGGACCACUCGUGGAGUAAGCGAAGCAGCGGAGAGGUUGUCGAAAAUAUCUCUGGGAUCUGGCAGGCAAACAACUAGGUCAUCAGUACCACCACCUAUGAAGGCUGGAGGAUGGCAUGGGCAAUCCAAUAUGUUUAUGGGACGGUCUCAGGAGAUCCAACCCAGCAGAACUUUUACAAGAAAAGUUGCUGGAUGAUCUGUUCUUAUUACUGGUGACUUCAAAUUUCAAUAAGCAACAUACAGCUAAACUUCACGCAUUUUCAGUUGGAUGUUAUAUAAUAGUGCUGUUUUUUUUCCUUCUUUCUCUUUGCUAAAUGUUUGGAUGGAGUGAUACUAUAAUCUCUGCUUGUUUUAUUGUCCAUGUUUACGUGUUUCCAAAAUUAUGAGGUCCUUUAAGUGCUUUCGACAUUGGAGGAUGUUGCUGUGAUAAUAUACUAUUUGCUUGUGAUAAUAAUUUGCGUAAUUUACGCAGUAAAGCUUUUAUUUGUUAUUUA